UUCAAGUACAUUCAGCAGAUGGAGCAGCGCCUCAAGGCUACAGAGGCGGAGCUUCGCAAAGUCAAGAGUGGCAACAGUGACAAGCCGCAAGAAGAAGCAGCUGCUGCUCAAGACCCAGCUCAGGUUAAGCGCGCCAAAAUUCUCAAGCAGAUCGAGGUGUAUGAGAAGGUCGUCAGGGACACUGCCGAGUUUGGCGGCGCCGUGCACGACGCGGACAAGGCUGCGCUCGAAGACCUUCGGGCUCAGGCCAAGGCGCUGCGGCCCCCUGCCACAGCGCACAAGACAGCGAUGCAGAAGCUUGAGAAGUCCAAGCAGCAGCUGGUCAGGCAGCAGAGCGAGCUGGAAGAGUUGCAGCGCAAACUGGCGCAGCUACAACAAGACAUUUCAGGUAAAGAGAGCGCGAUCAUCGCCAAGACGUCCGAGGUCAAAAUUCUGCAGCAGGAGGUCGCCGAGAGUGCGGCCAAGCUCAACCCGCAGCAGCCCUCGACCAACGUCAAGGAUGAGGCGCUCGACGAAGAGACGUUCAAGCUGGAUACGGAGAGCGAAGAGGUCAAAGCCAUGCCAGAGCCCGUUGAGUUCUAUGCCAAGUUCUCGGCCGAUCCCGUGUUCGCCAAGUGCCAGCAAUUCAUUCGAGAGAAGUACAAGAAGAAGGAUGUGCCCAUGCCGCAGGCGGAGCAGCAGCAACCUCCACCCGCAGCGGGCACGGACGCCAGCAACAAGCGUGGCACCGAAGACGAGCUCAACUUACAGGGAGCUCAAGAAUUGUGGAACGACUUGCAGAGUGCCGCAGCCCAAGGCGACGAGGCCACCAAGCUGCUCGAGCUCACCAACAAGCUCCACAAAGCUCCAGCUACUCCCGAGAGCGCUCUGCAGAUGCAUUUGAUUGAGACCUUCAAGGCCAACCAGGGUCGCAAUACGUUAAAGAAGCGAGUCAAAGCAAGCAAGGCGAAGAUCAUCUUGGCUCAAGAGAUCGGAUACUUCGCCCAUGACGUGGAGGAGCUCUACAGCUUCGCCGCCAAGAUGGGUUGGUCAGUCAUCGCGCUGCCAGGAGCUCCCACAGCAGGACACCUUCCCACGGCAGGCGUCGCAGUAUUUGCUCGCAAUGGCAUUGGUCUGCGCUGGUCACCUGCAUCUAAUACGUCGGAGAUAGUUGCACAUAGAGCGCAGCACAUUCAAGUGGAUGUACCAGGCUGGCCGACCCUGAGCAUAUUCAACAUCUACUUCUACACGUGCGAGGGCAUGACAGUCAGGAAUGCGGCCAUUUUUGCCAAAGUAGGAGAAGAGAUGGCUGGGCUCACCCAUCCAGCACUCAUUGGAGGCGACUGGAACAUGAGUACAGAUAUCGUUGAGGAGUCGACCUUUCCGCUACAUGCGCAUGUGGAGCUCACAGCGCCGAAAGAGGUCACCUGUCGCACUCCAACUUCGUCAUCCACGAUCGACUACUUCGCGCUGAGCGAGGCCGCUAUGUUACUUUUUCGCACCGUCACGGUGGACGCCGAGUGGCACAUCAAGCCGCAUAGGCCAGUUCACCUGCACAUGGCGGCAGUUGGCAAGUCCUUGCAAGUCUUGACCUACGGCGCGUCGCCGAAGUUGACACCA